UUUGACAGUUACAGUUACAUACCAAACAGGAAGUUCAGUAUCUGAAUAGCAAUGGCAACCAUACGAAUGAUAGAUAUAGCUGUGAACUUCACAGAUGGAAUGUUCAAAGGGAUCUACAAUGGGAAGCAGUACCAUGUAGCUGAUAUAGCCAAUGUGUUGAGCAGGGCUUGGAACGCUGGUGUAGAUCGAAUCAUUGUGACUGGUGGGUCCCUUGAGGAGUCGAAGGAAGCUCUUGCCAUUUCCGAGACUGAUGGAAGGCUUUUUUGUACGGUUGGAGUCCACCCAACAAGGUGUAAGGAGUUUGAAGAGAGUGGGGAUCCAGAAAAGCAUUUUCAGGCUCUCUUGUCAUUGGCCAAAGAGGGAAUGCAAAAAGGAAAGGUGGUGGCUAUUGGUGAGUGUGGACUGGAUUAUGACAGGCUUCACUUUUGCCCACCAGAUAUUCAAAAGAAGUACUUUGAGAAGCAGUUUGAAUUAGCACAUGCCACAAAGCUACCAAUGUUUCUACAUAUGCGUGCGGCUGCGGCAGAUUUCUGUGAAAUUGUAGAACGUAACAAAGAAAGAUUCAGUGGCGGGGUCACUCAUUCAUUUACUGGUAGUGCAGAAGAUUGCGGAAAACUUCUUUCAUUUAAUAAUAUGUAUAUAGGUGUAAAUGGCUGCUCUCUGAAAACUCCUGAGAAUCUUGAUGUUGUGAGCAGUAUCCCUGUUGAGAAAAUGAUGAUUGAAACAGAUUCUCCAUAUUGUGAAAUCAAGAAUAGUCAUGCUGGGAUUAAGUUUGUAAAAUCUACUUGGCCUUCUAAGAAGAAAGAGAAGCAUGAGCAGGAUUGCAUUGUCAAAGGUCGCAAUGAGCCUUGUUUAGUUCGGCAAGUUCUUGAGGUUGUGGCUGGAUGCAAAGGCAUCACUGAAAUAGAACAAAUGAGCAGGACCAUUUACCACAACACCUGCAGGGUUUUCUUUCCCCAAGACCUGGAUUCUGCUGCAGAUGCUCUUCUUUCAGGUCAUCUUGAUUCUCAAUGAACUUCUAGUGGUUUUAUUUGAGCCAUAAAAAGAAAAAUUCCCAUCAGUGUUAACAUUUCCAGUUCCGCUGCCGGUUGUUGAAGCCAUAAAUAAUGCUUCCAUCUCAUGACAUCUUGUUGUAACAACAUUGGCAUCAUCUUAUGAAGGUUACAUAUUUGCCAGGUGUCUUUUUUUUUUUUUUUUGAACUGCCCAGCGGUUUGGGAUGGGGAGGAUUUCUCCUUGCAUACUUCUCAAUUAACUGUUGAUCAGCAAAUUCACUUGUAUAUGUGACAAUACACAUUGACAUGUACCGAAACAA